AUGCCUAGGGCCCACAAGAAUAAGGGUCAGAAGAGCAAGGGCCGCUCCCGUGCCAAACAUCAUCGUGCGCAUGGGGACAGCCAAGGGGUUCAACCUUCUGCAGUGGGAAAAUCAGGAUCUCCUCAUGUUGGCCAAGCUAAUUCCCCAAGCUCUUCUAAUGCCCGCACUCCUAAGGGAGCUGCAUGUCUUUCCUCUCCUGAUGCAGGUGUGUCCUGCACAGGCUCUAAUCUAGGUGCUGGUGGUUCUGAUGUUCCUGCUGUUGGUGGAAAGCCACGUGCCUUUCAGGCAGAAGCCUUCAAUCAGCCGAUAUGCAAAGAUGCUCUCACAAAGAAGGCGAGUAUGCUGGUUGAGUUCCUGCUGGAGAAGUUUCAGAAGAGUGAGGAGUUCACAGAUGAUGAUAUGCUGAAGGUUGUCAACAAGAAAUACAAAACACAAUUUUCUGACAUCCUUAGGAAAUCUUCCUCCCGCAUGGAAAUGAUCUUUGGAAUGCGUUUGAAGAAAAUCAAUCCCAAUAGUCAGUCCUAUGCCAUUGUCAGCAAGCUAGGUCUCUCCACUGCUGAAAUUCUAAGUGGCAAGAGGGGUUUGCCAAAGAUGGGUCUACUGAUGACCAUCUUGGGUCUGAUAUUCACAAAAGGCAAUCGUGCUACUGAGGAAGAGGUCUGGAAAUUCCUGAGUGUGUUAGGAGUAUAUGCUGGGCGGAAGCAUUUGAUCUUUGGGGAGCCCCGAAAGCUCAUCACCAAAGAUCUAGUUGAGCAAAAUUACCUUGAGAUGCACAAGAUGUCUGAGGGUAAAUCCUCACGAUAUGAUUUCCUGUGGGGUUCCCGGGCCCAUGUGGAAACCAGCAAAAUGAAAGUCCUAGAGGUUUGGGCUAGGAUCAAUGACACGGUUCCCAGCUUCUUCCCUACUCCAUAUGAAGAAGCUCUUAAAGAUCAAAUGGAGAGAGCAGAGCAGGGAUCUCCAGCAUUGGGUUGCACAGCUGCCAUGGCCAGGGUUCAUCCCAUGAGUGCGGCCUGCAGCUCCUCUCACAAAUAG